AUGACAGAAAGAUUCGUUAUCAAACUUACCCACGGUUCCAGAAGUUUCACCACCUUCUCGAACUACAGCGAACAAGAUGUUUUCAAAGGUGCCGGAACCAAAUGGACAAGAGUGAUCUUUCUCUUGCAUGGGUUUCCUGAUGAAAAUUCGUCCUAUGAUGAAGCCUGGCCGCAUUUAGCACAAGGGUUUCCUAAUGAAAAGGGUCUUUUGUUGCUAGCACCAUUAUUGAGAGGCUACGAAGAGCUGAGUUUGGGGCCAGACGAAUAUAGUACUCAUGAUGUCGCUGGAGACGUCGGUGCCUGGAUCAAGCAGAUUAACCCCAGCAACAAGGUUCCAGUUCACAUUUUGGGCCACGAUUGGGGUGCUAUAACUGCCUUCAAAACUGCUUCAAGGUUUCCAGAGUUGGUUACUUCAAUUGUGACUUUGGCAAUUCCUUAUUUGACCAAUGUGGUUCCCUGGAAGUUGGCUUGGAAUGUUCCUGAACAGUUGUACUAUUCGUCGUAUAUGGUGACGAUGCAGUUAUCGUUCUUGUACAGAUCCAGAUUCGAACAAACAGGCAGAGAUUCGUACUUAGAUUCGCUCUGGAAGUACUGGUCUCCUACCUGGAAGUAUACCGAAAAAGAUAUUAGUAAGACCAGAGCCAGAUUGAGUGAUCACAGAAUCAUGGAUGCUACCACAGCCUAUUACAGAGCCAUCUUCAACCCGAUUAACCUUAUUAACGGCAAGUCUAAAUGGCCCGUUGACUUCAGCCAAGUUCCCACAUAUUUUAUAGGUGGAGCCCAAGACGGUUGUAUGACCAGCAAGUUGUAUGAAUGGGAAAGAGAGUUGUUGAAGGACGAACCCAAUGUCAAGACCACUAUUUUGCCCAACCUGGGCCAUUUCUUACAUCGAGAAGAACCCCAAAAAGUUGCUGAGUUAGCGAUUGAGUUCUUCGAAAAGUACUCUUCCAAGGCUACCAGUAGUUAG